AGGACAGAAAGGCGGGCAGAGAGGCGCAGUGCCGGGGCCACCUUCCAGCAGAGGGAGCAGCGUCCCGCGAGCAAACGGGCGCCCUCGGGAGACUUGCAGAGAGGCAGAGAAUCCUGCAGUUUCUCUCAUCUAAUUUUUGUUGCUAUGGAGACUACCAACAGGACUGAAACCUGGUAUGAAAGCCUGCAUGCUGUGUUAAAGGCUCUAAAUGCCACACUUCACAAUAAUUUGCUCUGCCGGCCAGGACCCCAGCUAGGACCAGAGCAAGUCAACCAGACUGAGGAGCAGCGGGCCAGCCUCCCUGGCCGUGAUGACAACUCCUACAUGUAUAUUCUCUUUGUCAUGUUCCUGUUUGCCAUCACUGUGGGCAGCCUCAUCCUGGGAUACACUCGCUCCCGAAAAGUGGACAAGCGUAGUGACCCUUAUCAUGUGUACAUCAAGAACCGUGUGUCUAUGAUCUGACUCAAGGUGGUCAGGGAUGGUAGAUGAUCAAGACACUGGAAGAUUGGCAGCUGGGGCUUCCAGAACUCUACUAUGGAUCACAUCAGACCUCAGAUUCUUUAAAAUCAACAAGAAACAGUGCUAAGGGAGAUCAGACCUGGACCUUGUGGAUAAGACUUUUUACAGGCAAAGACAGAUUUUAUAAACAGUGGGAGCUCAUGAACAAAUAUAUAGAAGUAUGAAAAGAUAAUGAACAAUGACUGGUCCAGUGUCUGUGGUACUGGUAGCUGGGGGUUAAACAAGAAAAGAGGAAGUAGUAGCAGAGGGAAAUGAAACAAGAAGAAGCUCUGGGGACACUUUUUUUAAUUUCAGCAAUGAGGACAUUAUCUUGUAUCACAGAUAGGAAAUCUGAAUAAUGUUAUUUAUUUAUAUUAAUUCACAUUUUAAAAACAUAUUUCACAAUUGUGAUUUUAUUUUCCCUGCACAGAAAGUAGAGGGCGAAUGCCAGGGGAUGCAUUUGGGCCAGGGUGGUGCCAUGGUUGGAGCUCAAGGGCUCUGAUCUCCUUGCCUUGAGCUGUUCAAAACUCAGUGCCACACAGGCAUGAAUCCAGAUCUGAAGCCUAUACUAUUCUAUGGAUUUUUUUAAAGAAAAAAAUCAUAAUUAUCUUGAUUUUUCAAGUAUUACAAAAAUGUAUCACGACUUAAAAUGUGCCUAGGGCCCUUCUUUGCACUUAAGGAGUCCAUACAAGUGCAGGCCCUGAAUGUUAAUUCUUGCUAACUCCGUGGCUGGUGUGUCUCUGGAGAUGUUUGCCCUUCUCAGCUGCAUUGGCAGUCAUGAGGUUUUCAUUACCUCUAGGGCAGCUUUUUUACUUUGAAUUCUGUGAGGAGCUGAAAUCUGCUUCGAGAUUAUGAUCAGAUCUAGGCAAUUAUUACGUUGAAAGAUGCAGAGUGUGAUAGGCAAGAUACAUGGUUCAGUAGGAGAACCAGGCCUGACUCUGGCAGUAAUAUGCUAUAUAACCUCUGGUGAAGCACUUUUCUCUGGUCCUUUUUCUUAAAUACACAAUUAAAUAGACUUGAAAGUCUUUGAGAGAGUCUGUCAGUUCUGAUAUUCAUAUACAUUAGCUUGAACCAUAUAAAAUGACUUUGUUUGUAGGUCAAAGAUAAUGAAAUAGUUUCAUGUAGUUCAACCGAAUUCAUGCAAUGUGGGAAUGAAUUCUUUACAGAUUUUUUCCCCCCAAAUCCUAGACUGGAACCACCUACUGUUUAGUUUGUCUGAUUUCAUUUUAAAAGAUCUGUAUGCUGUCCCCAGCAGGCUCCAUUGUAACAUAUGCAUUUGUAUAUAGCAAAAUGCUGAAAGAAUAUUUUAUAGCAGUUAUCUUUGUGAAACAGGGUUAUGUGUGAUUUUUUUUCUUUCUACUUUAUGUGUAUAUGUAACAUUUAACUUACCUGACUAUAAGUAUAUGACUUGUAUAAUGGGGGAAAUCUACUUCCACUUUGAAAACAAAACAAGACAUCGCUGUGUUUCUAGAGUGGAGGCUCACAGAAUGCCUUCUCCCCUAACAAGCAGUUCUGUACAGUGCUGGACAAUCUGUGGCUAGCUCCAUGUAUGCUUCUUCUUUAUGAGGGAGAAAGUGGAGACCUCCUUAAAGAGAUAUGAAAUACUGGUAAGAACAGAUUUUUGGUUCUGGUUUAAUGAGAUGGGGUCUUGCUAUGUAGUUCAGGCUGGCCUUGAA